CUCUUUUAAAAAAACAGUGCAAUCACGUAAAAUCCAAUAGUCAGUGAAAAAUAAUUGAUUGAAGAGAAUUUAGCGUGUGGAUUUUGGUCCUGACCAUCAAAAACACUUCGAUUGGAUCUCUGAAACGGGAAUGGGAGUAUCAGAUACAUUGAAUUACGUUCUGUUUUCUACUCCCGUCAGCUCGGGUGCCGGUUCGUUUGCGAAAACUGCUGCAUCAACUGUAAGUCGCUGUUAUUUUAUAAUAAAAAAUAAGAGGAAUCAAUUUAUUUAUUGUUAUUGCCUGAUUUUUGGAGACUGGGUUAUCAAUUAUUCAGGCCUCAAGCCCCGUGUUGAGUACAAACUGGUUCCACCUGAGCCUUUGCGGAAAUCGGCAGCAGCCUCAGGGCUUUAUUUGAAAUUGACAGGACUCAGUGGAGCAACUGCAGUGAUCCUCGGGGUAUAUGGAGCUCACAGCAAAUAUAAGGACGAUCAAUUGAAGCAAGUGUUUGAGACAGCGAAUAGAUAUAAUUUUUAUCAUUCCCUGGCUAUGGUGGGGCUGGUUACGUGCAGGGCACCAAUUCUGGCUGCUGCCCUGUGGAUGUCAGAAUCUCUAAUGUUCUAUAGGAGUUCCCUUUCGACUGGUCCCUGUGGCAGCGGGACUGCUACUGAAGAGUCCCUGAGUCGGCUAACGAGCAGGUACCCCAGCGUUGGGUGUGGCGCCCUCCCUCUUAUGGGGUCGGCUACUACGAUGCCGCUGGGGUCACUCAAACCCCCAGAACUGAGCCUCUACUUUGGUCAAUCCUGUUUGGGCUAAGCACUCGACAAAGGCACGAUAAAGCAGAUAACAACAACUCAAGUAAUUACAUCUGUACUCAGUGUUGUCAAGGAACUGGUGGAAAAUG